CUUAAACUUCAAAAUUUUAUGAUAAGAUGAAGUCAAUCGUUUCAACCACAUCGUUGUCUACAACUUGAAAUCUAUAAUACCAAAUCGAGUGAUCGAUAAUUAUAGAUUACACGUCUUUUAAUUAAUUUGUAAUUAAUGUUUGAAGGGAAUCAAAAUUAUUUUAGAGGAACCCUAACCUGAAAGAACACUUAUAUUCUUUCACUUGGAAUUGAUAUGUGUACCAUUUAUACAACCCCUCAAUUUCUUUUUUGUUGUUAAUUAAUACCAAUUGAUUAUCUUUAAUCCAAAAGCUCGAGUACAAAAAAUUAUUAUAAUAUCGUAUAUGCCGUCAAACACAAGGCAGCCGGCCGGCCCAAGGCGGCAAAGCCAAUUGGGCGACGGUGGCACGAAUUAUAUGUUUUUUAUUUAUUGUCUUUGAUGUUCGGUUUAAAAACAAGAACCUUUAGCAUAAUUACCUUCCAAUCUGCCAAUCUCUCUUAUCAAAUGCCCUUUGCAAAUCCUCCCUUCUAAUCUCUUUCCUCCUCAGCCGCCAUGGGAGGAGCAGGCUCUAGCUGCUGCGCCGGAAACUCGGUCGACGGAAGAUCAAUGAAGGGAGCGGCCGCCGCCGCCGCCGUGUCGGCGAGCAACACCUCGUGGCGGAUCUUCACAUACAAAGAGCUCCACGUGGCCACCAAUGGGUUUAGCGAGGACAACAAGUUGGGAGAAGGCGGGUUUGGGAGCGUCUAUUGGGGCAAGACCAAUGACGGACUUCAGAUUGCGGUGAAGAAGUUGAAGGCGAUGAACUCGAAGGCGGAGAUGGAGUUCGCGGUGGAAGUGGAAGUACUUGGAAGGGUGCGACACAAGAAUUUGUUGGGGCUUAGAGGGUAUUGUGCCGGCACCGAUCAACGGCUCAUAGUUUAUGAUUACAUGCCGAAUCUCAGCCUCCUGUCUCACCUCCACGGCCAAUUCGCCGGCGAGGUUCAGCUAGACUGGAAGCGCCGGAUGAAGGUCGCCAUCGGCUCCGGCGAAGGCCUUCUGUACUUGCACCAUGAGGCGACGCCCCACAUCAUCCACCGCGACAUAAAGGCAAGCAACGUCCUGCUCGACUCGAACUUCGACCCAUUGGUGGCCGACUUCGGGUUCGCGAAACUGAUCCCCGACGGAGUCAGCCACAUGACAACACGCGUCAAGGGCACUCUGGGCUACCUGGCCCCCGAGUACGCCAUGUGGGGAAAGGUCUCGGAGAGUUGUGACGUGUACAGCUUUGGGAUCCUCCUCCUCGAGCUCGUCACGGGCCGGAAGCCCAUUGAGAAGUUGCCCGGCGGGAUCAAGCGGACCAUAACCGAGUGGGCCGAGCCGUUCAUAGUCCAGGGAAAGUUCAGGGACCUGGUGGAUCCAAAACUUAGGGGAAACUUUGACGAGAACCAAGUCAAGCAGGCUGUGUAUGUAGCUGCCUUGUGCGUACAGAACGAGCCCGAGAAGAGGCCCAACAUGAAGGAAGUGGUCAACAUGUUGAAGAAUUACGACCCGAGAACCCGACCGCUCCAGACCCGGUUGGCGAGCAUUAAGUACAGAGAGGAUUUGAUGGCGAUGGAGCAGAGCGAUGACGAGGAGGAAGAUAAGAAUCGUGGUGGCGGAGGAGGGAAUCGUGCCGGCGGAGGUGGUAGAGGAGGAGGGAAUAACGGUGGUGGAGGCGGGUUGCCGGAAGAAAGCGGGUAUGGUGUAUUUAGUGCGUUGGAGUUGCCGAAAAUGCAAGAUCCUUAUAAACGACACGGAAAUAAUAAUCGAACUGGAAGAUUCGGGUGAUAGCAAAAUACAUUUACAUUUGUGAGACACAAUUUAGAAGGUAAAGACUAGUUUGCUUCAUUCUUAACCGAAGGUGUUUAAAAAGUUUGAUUCCUCCUUUCAGACACAUUAUCGUAUUGAGUUACUUCAGGAGUUUCAGGAGGCAGGCAAUGAACCGACAGUCAAUAGGGAGAAGAACAAGAAGAGAGUUUGUUGGUUGAAUUUGGGUGUAAAACAUUGCCUCCUUUCAGUUAAAAUAUUUGUUGAUAGGAAAACAAAUUUAUUAUUCAUAUAUCAUUAUGAAAUUAUUUAGGAUAUUUUUUUUUUAUUUUUCUUUGGGUCAAAAUUGUUACACAAAUAAUUAGUUCUGGUUUGUCAAUUAUUUAUAUAUAAAUACACACUAGGAGUGAUACAUAAUUAUAUGAUCAUCUAUAAUCCUAAUGUAUCAUUAUUUCAAUUCUUUGUAUACUUUUUGGGUCUUUCAAUAUUUUGCUCAUGAAUUUGAAGUUGCAGUCAACUACUUAUUUUAUUUGAGUAAAUUAAUAGAUUUCUCUUGGUUAUUACUUAGGCUUAUUCGUCAAUCACAUUAGUACAGAUUGACAAUGAACACUUUAACCAUUA